UUAUUUUUUUUAAAUGGACACAUUUUGUCCAUUUCAGAUAUUUAUAUGAAAUGGACCCAUUUUUUUGGCUUAAUGUGUUUGUGCAUUAAUGCAAAAGACAACGACUGUCCUGCCAGCUAUUUACAUCGUACGUUGCUCGUACGUUGUGUCUAGUGAUCGACCCAGCUUGUCAACACUAACGGAUACAAAAGGAAUCUUUCUCCGAUUUUACUUGGAAAAAAAUAAAUAUUUUGUAUCCAAUUUAAGUUCCUAUAUUUAUCCCCCAUGUUGGUGGAGAAUCGAAUACAGAUUGAAGUUGUAAGUUGUGACUGAUGGCAAUAAACGUGAUCGAGAUAGCCCGAGUCGGCCCGGCAACGGACUCGGAUUCGUUCCGUGACUCGGCCGACUGGCGCACUCUCCCUCUCACGUUCUUCGAUCUAGGGUGGAUAAGAGCUCAUCCCAACAAACGAAUCAUCUUCUACAGACCCCCCAACUCAACUCGCGAGUCCUUCGACUCCGUCAUCCUCCCGAAGCUCAGGCUCUCCCUCUCCGUCGUCCUCCGCCACUACCUUCCCCUGGCCGGCCGGAUCCUGUGGGGUCCACAUGAUCCGAAGCCAAGCAUCAUCAUGCGCGAGAACGAUGCCGUUCCGCUGACUAUUGCCCAGAUCGACGCCGAUUUCUGUCUCCUCUCCGGCAACGGACAACUUCCGGCGGCUGAGUUUCACCACCUGGUUCCCGAGUUAACGGUUUCUGACGACUCAGCUUCCGUACUUUCCCUUCAAAUCACGUUGUUCCCAAGCCAAGGGUUCUCCAUCGGCAUCACGGCUCACCAUGCCGUUCUAGACGGAAGAACGACAAGCGCGUUUAUCAAAUCGUGGGCUCACGUCUGCAGACAAUUUCAAGAACACGAAAACAAUGGCUUCGCUUCGCUGCCGGACGAUCUAACUCCGAGUUUCGAUCGCACGGUCAUCAAUGGCAGGACUGAUAUCGAAGCAAAGAUUUUGAAACGGUUGUCGUCCCUCGUAAAGGACGAAGCCGAAACACGAAGCCUGAAGCUAAUGCCGGCAAGAGAAAUCGGCGGCGACAUGGUCCGUGUCACGCUCGAGCUCACUCGGGAGAACAUAGAGAAACUCCGGGAGCGAGUCAAGAACGAGUCGCUAUCCGCGUCCUCGGCUCACGGACUUCACUUGUCGACGUUCGUUGUCGCGUACGCUUACGUAUGGACGUGCAUGGUGAAGGCGCGUGGAGGCGACGCGCACAGACCGGUCUCCUUCAUGUUCCCAGCCGAUUUCCGACACCGGUUGGAUCCACCGUUGCCGGCGACGUACUUCGGCAACUGCGUGUCCGCAGCCAGCUGCCACGACCAAACCGCAGGGGCAUUUAUGGAAGAGAGAGGUUUUGUCACGGCGGUCAAAGUUCUGAGCGAUUUGGUCAACGGUUUGGGUCAACAAACAGUAGAGGCGAGCGAGGAAGAGUUCACAAAGGCUAUGAAGGCGGUCAAGUCGGGUGCACAAUUCGGGUCGGUUGCCGGGUCGACCCGGUUAGGGUAUUACGGGGCGGAUUUCGGAUGGGGCAAACCGGUUAAGACGGUGGUUGUGUCCAUUGACUGGACCGGAGCGAUCUCAAUGUCCGAGAGGAGGGAUGAGUCCGGUGGGGUGGAGAUUGGGUUAUGCCUGAAGAAUACCGAAAUGGAUAUUUUUGUUUCUUUGUUUAAUAAUGGAUUGACAUAAAAUUGGUCAAUCCAAAUAUUAUUAUUGUGAUCCAAAAUAUUAAUUCUGCUUUCGGUCAAAUAAAUAUGGUUAUUGUAUUACAAGUGGGUCAAUGCUCCAUCUUUCGUUAAUUUCUAUAUUUUCGA